CAAAAUGAGUUUGAUAGGCCUGGACUAAAACAUUCUCCACCAGUGUAUUUAUGAGAAAAAAGAAAAUGUCCGCAUUGGAUUUAAAAAUUAUAGACCUGGAUGUUCCCACAGUUUUCAGAGUCAUUAAGAUGCUGUUGGAAUUAUUUAUUAACGUUUCACCAAAGACUGUAAACAGGUCCAUCUCGUACCCGUCACUGUAUGGAGUUCAGACGCGGCGGUCUUUAUGUCUACACCAACCAGCUGCGCCUGUUUGAAUCACAUUCAAUUCCAUUAUUAUGGCCGAAUGAUCCCUGUUCCCUGCAUCCUGACGCCCACAUCUCUCCGCGAGAGCUCUGUAAAUCAGACAAGGACGCAUUUGCCAGGGGACUAACAAAAAAAAAAAUCAGGGCGUGUGAGCGCGCGCGCGCGUGGCCGCGCCCGUGUUUAUAUCUAUGCGCAACGCUUCAGUGCGCUCUCUGAAGGGAAUAAGUGGCAGCGACAGAGGAGAGAGGCGACAGUGUACGAAGGGAAGACUCCGGAACUGGUCACCAAGAAAACAGAGGACAUCAGUUCUGAGCACCGCUGCACCAUCAGCUGCACCAUCAGCUGCAACUGGCUGCCCACACAUCCACCUCCAUGUCCGGCGGGUUGACGAUGGAUCACGCGUUCCUGCCCCGGUCCAUCUGGACCGCUGACAGUAAAUUCCUGCAGCAUCCGGCGGAUCUGUACAGCAGUGUGGUGGUUACUCGCAGCAUCCCGGCAGGCACCUGCUUCGGUCCGUGUGUUCUCCAGAACACCUUCUACGACACCAUCGCCUUCAUAGCGCAGAAAUCCUGCGACAGAAAAUCCAAAUCCUAUGUUUUCAGGGUGGACCCUGAGGCCAUGCGUAAUUCCGCCCUGGUUCUGUCCUGGCUGCGGCUCGUCCAGGCGGCCCGCAACAGAGAGGAGCAGAACACGGAGGCUUUUCUAAAAGCGGGUCAGCUGUAUGUGCGGGCCACCCGGGACAUCCGCCAGGACGAGGAGCUGCUGGUGUGGUACGACCAGGAGCUGUCUCACCUACUGGGCUUCACGGACCUGAGAGGGUCGAGUGAAGAGUUCAGAUGCAGCAGGUGUGACCAGGUCUUCACAUAUGAACAUCCUUUCCUGGCCCACUGCCGCUUCCUGUGCACUCAGGUCAAGAGUGACCCCUGGAGCCGUGACCUUUACGCGCAGAAACAUGUGGAAAUUAAGAAGCAGCAUCAAGUGACGGAUUUCCACAACAUCGCCAGAGAUUUGGAACACAAAAAGCCCAGCUGUGACCAGGACGCGGAGAUCUCUCCAAAGAGGAGGAGAUGUGAGGAGCCACUUUAUGUGAAGGGACGGAAAUCCGUUCUAAUAGAGAAGACAAAUAUUUCAAACGAUGACAACAUCACACCGACGACGGAGGGAUUCGACCAGACAGCAGGGGAUGGAGCUUCAUCUGCGGAGAAACUGAGAACCAAAAGUGACGCUUCAGGAUGUAAGAAUGCUGAUGAAGGAACCAAAGAGAUGUCGACGAACGGCAGAGAUGCCGUGCACUCCAGCGGCAGCAGUGCGUUCUCUCUGGUUCUGUCCAACAGCAGACAAGGCGAACAGAAAAGCGCCUUCUGUAAGCCCAGUAAAAGAACUUCUCCCUUAGACCCCCAGGCACAUCUCAGCAGCGCUACAACAGCGCCCUCUAGUCGCAUAGAGGAGAUGACUGAAGCCUUUAACUCCAGGACUUUUAUGGGAUACAGCAACUUGGUGACAUCCAGCGUCCUGGGCGGUGACCUGCAAACCGCGCCGUCCCCGCUUGCGUUGACCAGCGCUUUCCAUUACGCACCGGAACACUGGUCCAGGAAUAUCGCUGCUCAGCUGCAGACCGCAUCUUCCCUCACCACCCUCCCACCCACAUUCACCUCGUUCGGCGUCUCCGUGCAGAACUGGUGCGCCAAAUGCAACCUUUCCUUCCGCAUGACCUCUGACCUGGUCUUCCACAUGCGCUCCCACCACAAAAAGGAAUUCGCUGCUGAGGCCCAGGUGAGAAGGAGGAGGGAGGAGAAGCUCACCUGCCCCAUCUGCCACGAGUUCUUCCGAGAGAGACAUCACCUGUCCAGACACAUGACGUCGCAUAACUAGAGCCAAGGAAAUAUGAACACAAACUCUAUUUAUUCAUAAACAAUAUUUAAUCUGAUCCACAAACAUGUGCGAAUGUACACGCAUUUAGAAGAACAGGUACGCAGCGUGUCCACUAGAGGGCGCCAGAGAUACGUUUGUGUUGAUUUCACUUUCGUCUGAAUUUGGCCGUGUACAUAAGGUUGGCGAUUAUUUUGUGCCUUAAUGAACUCAGGAGAGCAGAAAGAGAGAGAGGACAGCCCGUGAUUGUUAUUACAAAUCUGGAUUCACUUCUCUUGGUUUUCUCUGCUCUGGUUCACAACACGAGGACUGAGUGUGAAUUUGUUUUGAAAUCUAAAAAUCAUCAAAAUCAAGAAAAAGUGUUGAGUGUUUUUUUCUCCACGCCAUCUGCAUUACGGCUCAUGAGUUUUUCUUUCCCACCAGGAGGCGACCGAGAGCGGCUUUUUAGCCUUUCCCAGGUCCAUGCAGCCAUUGGUUGUUUAAUUGUCAAAUCAAACAAGCAGAUGCUGACUUAUUAUCCCGACCAGAAUUUGGGUUUAGUUUAAUAAAUUAAUUGACCAACAUACAUCAAUCAAUAUGUGAUCAGUAUAUAUAUAUAUAAAAAAACCAACAACCAGGACUGGGGUAGAAAUUGUUUGUUUUGCGUGUGUACUUCUCCGUCGCCGCCCUCCAGGCUGACCAGACUCCACUGGUCCAAUGAUCAACACUGUUUGGUCAAAGCUGUUACCAAUGAAGCUGCUGAUUGAGCAGCCUCCCUCAGUGUUACCUGGAUGACGCACCACGCAGGGAGAGUGCUGAAGACUUUACCUUAUAAACGCAAACCAGACAAUGUGUCUCUGUGAGUGUGCAGCCGCGGGGACAAACGAGAUGGAAGUGAUUUCUCUGCUGCCUACGUUCCUCCAGGAAUAAUGACGGCCAAAGUGACAUUGUUUCUCAGGAUGGAGAAACCAC